GCGCGACGCUUGGCGCCGUGGCCAAUCACAGGCCACGUUGUCCCGCGGCAGCCAAUCAGGAAGUGUCGAGGCACUAAGACGCGCACUAGGCCCCGCCUCCCUCCCUGGUCAAGGGUGGUUAGAGCGUUUUGCUGCAACGGACUCGCUUUCCUCCUGUUUUCUCCCACUCGGGUUAAAUCCGGUGCCAUCGAGCGUCUCAUGCAGCGGAGUCUGAGAAUGCGAAGUGAAGAGGCAAAAGUAAAGUUAAGGCGAAUCCAGCUGCGAGCUCUGAAACUGUCCAGAGGACGUGAUGGAAGGAAGCUCUCAAGAAUGAUGCCAAUAUUUCCAAGAAAAAUUGCUUGAGUUUCCCCUUCACCUUGUUCACAUAAUGGCCAAGACGCAUCUCAAGGACUCAAAGUCUGUUCUGAACAUGCUAAAGGAUGCACUUUGGAGUGCAUUGGCAUUGUCCAAGAUGAAUUUGUCUUCUCAGUCCCUGGAAAGCAUUCUUAGAGAUGUUGGGGAAAAUUCCUGGUCCUUGGAAGAUAAUUACUCGAAAUAUACUUGCACUGGGUGCAGUCAGAAGCGCGGGAGGGUGAGAGAAUUCACCAGAGCCAGAGCGGAGAACAGAAACAGGCAGACUGACAACAUACACUGCUGAGGGGAGCCGCGGGCGGCAGGAGAGGUCUGCGUGCCAUGUGGGACCCUCCUCUGGUGGCCGGGGAGCAGCCGGGAAUCGAACUGUACUCCAAUAUGGCUGCCUGAGUGUCCUCAUACCAUAACAUCUGGCUUUCCCCAGAGGGAAUGAUCCAAGAGAGAAAGGACAAGAUGAAAGCUUGUCUUUUAAGGUAGUUGCAUAAAUAUUUGACAGAGGAUAAAGAUGAAAAUAUGCAGCAACCGCCUAAAACAGUUUGCUUUUUCCUACAAAACUUGACUUUUAUCCAAUAUGGACCUGAUGAAAGCAUUGGAUCUUCCUAGAAAAGAGCACAUACACAUAUAGGAUUUUCAGUGUAUUUUCGUGAGGUUUACAAAUUCCAAGUUAAAGUCCUUGAAGCUCCAUCUACGUUGCUGCAAACGGCAUGAGUUUAUCUUUUUUGAUAGCUGAAUUGUAGAAAUAUACCACAUCUUGUUGAUCCAGUCAUCUAUUUUUGGGCAUUUGGGUUGAAACCUUCAUAUUUUCAAGAAAAUUAGUUACAACUUAAUGGACAAUCAUGCAUCCAGCAGGAUGAAGUUAAAAGAAGUAGAUCGUACUGCCAUGCAGGCAUGGAGCCCUGCCCAGAAUCAUCCCAUUUACCUAGCUACAGGAACAUCUGCUCAGCAGUUGGAUGCAACAUUUAGUACCAAUGCUUCCCUUGAGAUAUUUGAAUUAGACCUUUCUGAUCCAUCCUUGGAUAUGAAAUCUUGUGCUACUUUCUCUUCUUCUCACAGGUACCACAAAUUGAUUUGGGGCCCUCAUAAAAUGGAUUCCAAAGGAAAUACUUCUGGAGUUUUAAUUGCAGGUGGUGAAAAUGGAAAUAUUAUUCUUUAUGAUCCUUCUAAAAUUAUAGCUGGAGACAAGGAAGUUGUGAUUGCCCAGAAUGACAAACAUACCGGCCCAGUGAGAGCCUUGGAUGUGAACAUUUUUCAGACUAAUUUAGUAGCCUCUGGUGCUAAUGAAUCUGAAAUCUACAUUUGGGAUCUAAACAAUUUUGCAACUCCAAUGACACCAGGAGCCAAAACACAGCCUGCAGAAGAUAUCAGCUGCAUUGCAUGGAACAGACAAGUUCAGCAUAUUUUAGCAUCGGCCAGUCCCAGUGGCCGGGCCACUGUAUGGGAUCUCAGAAAAAAUGAACCUAUCAUCAAAGUCAGUGAUCAUACUAAUAGGAUGCAUUGCUCUGGCUUGGCAUGGCAUCCUGAUAUUGCUACGCAGAUGGUCCUUGCCUCUGAGGAUGAUAGGUCACCAGUGGUCCAGAUGUGGGAUCUUCGCUUUGCUUCCUCUCCUCUUCGUGUCCUUGAAAACCAUGCCAGGGGGAUUUUGGCAAUUGCUUGGAGCAUGGCUGAUCCUGAACUGUUGCUAAGCUGUGGAAAAGAUGCUAAGAUUCUUUGCUCUAACCCAAAUACAGGAGAGGUAUUAUAUGAACUUCCCACCAACACACAGUGGUGCUUUGAUAUUCAGUGGUGUCCAAGAAAUCCUGCUGUCUUAUCAGCUGCUUCCUUUGAUGGGCGUAUCAGUGUUUAUUCUAUCAUGGGUGGAAGUGCAGAUGGUUUAAGGCAGAAACAAGUUGACAAGCUUUCAUCAUCUUUUGGGAAUUUGGAUCCCUUUGGCACAGGACAGCCCCUUCCUCCGUUACAAAUUCCACAGCCAACUACUCAACAUAGCGUAGUGUUGCCUCUAAAGAAGCCACCCAAGUGGAUCCGAAGGCCUGUUGGUGCUUCCUUUUCAUUUGGAGGCAAACUAGUUACCUUUGAGAAUGUCAAAAUGCCCUCCCAGCAAGGAGCUGAGCAGCAGCAGCAGCAGCAACGCCACGUGUUCAUCAGUCAGGUUGUGACAGAAAAGGAAUUCCUCAGCCGAUCCGACCAACUUCAGCAGGUCGUGCAGUCACAAGGAUUUGUCAACUACUGUCAGAAAAAAAUUGAUGCUUCCCAGACUGAGUUUGAAAAAAAUGUGUGGUCCUUUUUGAAGGUAAACUUUGAGGAUGAUUCUCGUGGCAAAUACCUUGAACUUCUAGGGUACAGAAAAGAAGACCUAGGAAAGAAGAUUGCUUUGACUUUGAACAAAGUGGAUGGACCUGAUGUGGCUCUUAAAGACUCUGACCAAGUAGCACAGAGUGAUGGGGAAGAGAGCCCUGCUGCUGAAGAGCAGCUCUUGGGAGAGCACAUUAAAGAUGAAAAACAAGAACCUGAUUUUCUACCAUCAGCUAGAGGAACAUUUAACAUCUCCAUCAGUGGGGAUAUUGAUGGUUUAAUUACUCAGGCUUUGCUGACUGGUAAUUUUGAAAGUGCAGUUGACCUUUGUUUACAUGAUAACCGCAUGGCUGAUGCCAUUAUAUUGGCCAUAGCAGGUGGACAAGAACUCUUGGCUCGAACUCAGAAAAAAUAUUUUGCGAAGUCCAAAAGCAAAAUUACCAGGCUAAUUACUGCAGUGGUGAUGAAGAACUGGAAAGAGAUUGUUGAGUCAUGUGACCUUAAAAAUUGGAGAGAGGCUUUAGCUGCAGUUUUGACUUACGCUAAACCAGAUGAGUUUUCAGCCCUUUGUGAUCUCUUGGGAACCAGGCUUGAAAGUGAAGGUGAUAGCCUCCUACAGACCCAGGCUUGUCUCUGCUAUAUAUGUGCAGGGAAUGUGGAGAAGCUCGUUGCAUGUUGGAAUAAAGCUCAAGAUGGAAGCAAUCCUUUGUCUCUUCAGGAUCUGAUUGAGAAAGUUGUCAUCAUGCGAAAAGCUGUACAACUCACCCAAGCCAUAGAAACUAAUACCAUAGGAGUUCUUUUGGCUGAGAAGAUGGGUCAGUAUGCCAAUUUGUUGGCAGCCCAGGGCAGUAUUGCUGCAGCCUUGGCUUUUCUUCCUGAAAACUCCAACCAGCCAAAUAUUGUGCAGCUUCGUGACAGACUUUGUAGAGCACAAGGAGAACCUGUAAUAGGACAGGAAUUACCCAAAAUUCCUUAUGAGAGGCAGCAGCUGCCCAAGGGCAGACCGGGACCAAUUACAGGCCACCCACAGAUGCCAAGAGCUACAACUCAACAAUAUUAUCCCCAUGGAGAAAAUCCUCCACCUCCAGGUUUUAUAAUGCAUGGAAAAGUUAACCCAAAUGCUGUCUCAACUCAGCUUCCCACAUCUCCAGGUCAUAUGCACACCCAGGUAUCACCUUAUCUGCAGCCACAACCUUAUCAACAAGCCCAGCAGUAUUCCUUCGGAACAGGGGGGUCAGCAAUGUAUCAACCUCAGCAGCCUGUUGCACCUUCUGCCUCAAAUACUUAUCCUAACACCCCUUACAUAUCUUCUGCUUCUCCCUAUUCUGGGCAGUCUCAGCUGUAUACAGCUCAGCACCAGGCAUCUCCAACUACCUCCAGCUCUGCUGCUUCUUUCCCUCCUCCCCCAUCCUCUGGAGCAUCCUUCCAGCAUGGCGGACCAGGAGCUCCUCCAUCAUCUUCAGCUUUUGCACUACCUUCUGGAACAACAGGUACACUGCCUGCUGCCAGUGAGCUGCCUGCGUCCCAAAGAACAGAAAGUCAGUCUAUGCAAGACCAGGCCCCUAUGUUGGAAGGUCCUCAGAAUGGUUGGAAUGAUCCUCCAGCUUUGAACAGAGUGCCCAAAAAGAAGAAGAUGCCUGAAAACUAUAUGCCUCCUGUUCCCAUCACAUCACCAAUCAUGAACCCACUGGGUGACCCUCAGUCACAGAUGCUGCAGCAACAACCUUCGGCUCCGGCAUCACUGUCAAGCCAACCUUCAUUCCCACAGCCCCAUCUUCCAGGUGGUCAGCCCUUCCAUGGCAUACAACAACCGCUUGGUCAACCAAGCAUGCCACCAUCUUUCUCAAAGCCCAAUAUCGAAGGUGCCCCAGGGGCUCCUAUUGGAAAUACCAUCCAGCAUGUACAGUCUCUACCAACAGAAAAAAUUACCAAGAAACCUAUUCCAGAUGAGCAUCUCAUCCUAAAGACCACAUUUGAGGAUCUUAUUCAGCGCUGCCUCUCUUCAGCUACAGAUCCUCAAACCAAGAGGAAGCUAGAUGAUGCCAACAAACGUUUGGAAUUUCUAUAUGAUAAACUUAGAGAACAGACACUUUCACCAACAAUCAUCAACGGUUUACACAACAUUGCAAGGAGCAUUGAAAUUCGAAACUACUCAGAAGGAUUGACCAUCCACACCCACAUAGUUAGCACCAGUAACUUCAGUGAAAUCUCUGCUUUCAUGCCAGUUCUCAAAGUUGUUCUCACCCAGGCCAAUAAGCUGGGUGUCUAAAAGCACAGCUUCACUCCCAGCCAACAUUGCAAUUUCUCCAAAGAAACAUAUUUUUAAGAAUAAAAUAUGGACCAAUCCUCAUUAGCAUGUUCCCAUAGCAGCCAAUCGAGAGCAUUUACACUAUUUCUGCAGAUAUACUUACUUAAAACUGCUCAGAACCCUGGUGCUUUCUUUUGUUUUGAUCUUUUAUUGUCUGUGAUGAUUUUCCUAUUCUGCAAAUAGUGUAUUUCUUGGAUUACACAUAGUGUGGCUUCCUGAAGUAUUCUGAUAAAAUACCAUUUUUAAGACCUCAGUAUACUUUCUAGAAAUGGAGUAUCUGGUUAUAUGUAAAGCAGAGCUAAAAUUACAUUUCUUUCAUGUCCUCCCCACUUCCUCCAUGUCAAUCAGAUUAAAAUGUGUAAUCCUGUGUUAUGUGUAUGUACUCUUUUUUUAAAAACAGCUGCUCAUAGUUUAGUUUAAUCCCUGUUUUGUGUGUCUUAGGCUUCACUCUUGUCCUGAACAAAUAACUAAAUAUAGAGGCUGCUACAUGGAUUUUAGCAAAUAUUAAUAAAAAGUGGGAUCACUGGCUUUAAGUAU